AUGGCCAAGGAGAAACAAAUGAUGAUGGAUCUAGAACAAGGAUUAGAUCCAACUAAUAAAAUAAAAUACGAAGCAGUUGGUAACGUGGGUAGAUGUACCAAAGGUUAUCGUGGUAACGUGGGUAGCUUGGCCGAAGCUUUUCGUGGUCCAUGGGCUCCUCCUAACCAUGUUACAAAGCCAAGUAAAUCUAAAGAACCAAAAGAGCAAGAGUUGAUCGAGGACCAAACCAAGGAGAAUGAAACCGGAUCUAGUAACAUGGGUAGAUGGAGCGAAGGAUUUCGUGGUCCAUGGGAUCAAGUAACAAGAGUUGAUCGUGGAACAGCUCAGAAGGAUUCCUCUGAGUCUGCGAUUCCCGGUUUGUGGUCUUCUACUUUAAGCAAAGAGUUUUGUUGCAUCUAUAGGGUACCGAACCGGUUACGGAGAGUGAACACAGAUGCAUAUACUCCUCAGAUGCUUCUAAUCGGUCCACUUCAACAUUCUAAGAAAGCUGAUGCCCUUGAGCUCUCCAAAACGGAAUUAAGAUAUUUGGACUAUAAAAACAGGGAGCAUCACAAGAAGAAAUACCUUACUGAUAUUGCAACUAUAUAUGGGGAUCAAACUAUCGAAGAGUUCAGGAGAAUCAUUAAAAGAGAUGAAGAAUACAUAAGAAAAAGUUACGCCGAAAAUACAGAAUGGAUCAUAUCUCGAGAGUUCGUGGAAACGAUCCUCCUUUACUCGAUAUUCAUACUAAGGUUCUUCAUUCAGACCGGUACUCAAAUAUUUAGCAGGAAAGAUGAUAUUCUUUUCAAGGAACCUUGUCUCAUAACCACUAUUUUAGAAGACCUAGUGUUGCUCGAGAAUCAACUUCCUUUUGUUCUUUUAGAGGAACUCUUUGAACUUCUCCAACUCCAAACCGAGGAAACGUUCCGUGACAUUGUCCUUCAAAUUUUUGGAUUCGAAGGAAAGAUAAAAAAAGAAGUCAAAUUCCGACAUUUUACAGAGUUGUUUCGACUUGUCCGUGUUGAAACACUUGGUUCGACUGAAGAAUUACUAGAAAAAUCUGAGAAACCAAGGAGCAUAAAGAGUCUACACAAACACAAUGCAGAGAAACUAGCCAGUGCAGGAGUGGAUUUUGUAAAUGCGGAUGUAGAAAAUAAUUUAUCGUUGGUGAUUAAUUUUGAAGAAGGAAUCUUGAAAAUGCCUUGUUUUGUAGUGGAAGACAACACGGAGAGAGUUAUGAGGAACAUAAUGGCAUUCGAGCAAUGUCACUACCCUUUCUUAGCCUUUGUUUGUAACUACAUCACCUUCUUGGAUUUCCUCAUCGACACAGAGCAAGACGUUGACUUGCUCUUCAAGAAAGGAGUUGUAAAAAACUGGUCGAGACGUCCAAGUUCGGUGACGGAAAUGGUCAACAAAAUGUGUCUAGAAAUCGCUGAUCAUGGCUCUAACUAUUACAAUAUAGCCGAAAGCCUCAUCAACUACUACAAUAACUCUAUCCACAGAUCCCUCGAUACUCUCCGGCGAGUCUACUUCAAAGACCUUUGGACCGGUACUGCCACACCGUUGGCGCCGUCAUUAUCCUGGUGUUGACUUUGAUUGGGACGGUUGCUUCCGUUCUCCAAGUGAAGCAGAAUAGCAAUAAUUCUGCUAAGUCUCCGCCGCCUCCGCCUUCGGCUUGA